AUGAAGUACGGCCAGAACCUCCAAGCGCGAUCAGUGCCACAGUGGGCGCCAUAUAAUGUAGAUUAUGACGCUCUGAAACAUUUGAUCAAAACAAAUACGACGAGGGAUGCCGGACAAGCUGUUGCCAUCCCCGGUCAAGUCGAUACUGCGUUACAGCGAUUUGAAGCUCAAUUCUUCAACGAACUUUCCAAUCAGCAUGAUCGCGUGGGACUCUUUGUGAGGAGCAAAGCAGACGAGAUAGAUCGCAGACUUCAAUCCUCAAAGAAAUCCCUCCUCCGAUUGCUCGAACGAUGUACCAGCCGCAAUGGCAAGCCAUUGUCGCAGAAAAGGCGAGAGAAGUUUGCGCGAUAUGAUGAUCGAAUCGAGAAGUGCGGGGAAGAAAUACGGCUACUGCGACGAUUCGUAAAGGAGCAAAAGGUUGCGUUCUACAAGAUUCUCAAGAAGUACAAGAAAUGGACGGGUUCUAGAGCAGUCGAAGAACGUUUCAAUUAUGAGAUCCUAGCAAGCCCGAAGAGUUUCUCUAGGACCGAUUUCGAUACGCUACAUGCUCAAUAUGUCGAGCUCAUUUCUAGCAUACGAGCAUCUACGCCCGACUCAAGUGGGCCCAUCACACCAAGCAGCGGAUCGAGACGACCAAGUACGCAAAAUGCUCUGCAUGAGCCCCCGCAAGUGUACUGGAACGAAUAUGAUCAUGGCAGUGAAGCGGAUGACGAACCAUAUAUGAUUUCGGUGAACGCGGAUGAGGAAUCAUCGUUCCCUGGCGCAAAGGCUUUCGGAUAUGUGAUGUCAAAGGCUUUUGUCCCAGUUGGAAUGAUGAGGCAUUGGCUAAGUCCUGGACCUGCCCCUAACGAGCGACGCGCCUUAUUAGGCAAUAAUUACUUUGACCACACCGAUGUUGAAGACGAAGCAUAUGCAUCGUCGAGCGAAUUCCCGAGUGGCUAUGUAACACACUAUGCCACAUUUCCAAGCGUGGAGGAUCAGAGAAUUAGCCGACAUCAGGAGACCCUGCUGCUCCAGGCCUGCAUUGCUUCGUUUGGAGCUGCGUUCAUACUUCUUCUUAUUGCCAGCAUAUUGGUGGCUACCGGACGACACAAGCUCCUCCUUGAAGUUGAUGCUGGUGUUAUCACAGGAGUUGUAGCGAGCCUCUUCUUUGCACUGAUGGGAUUUGCGUGCAUGCUUUACCGUACGGACAAGCUCAGUUGGUUUCACCGAUUGUUUGUGCUGGUUACUUUCCUUGGAGUUUGUACAUUGGAUGGGAUGCUACUGGUAAUAGUAGCAGAAAAUACGGCGCUAUGA